AGACGGUGGGAUAGGUGUCCUGCAGCUACACCUCUCAUGUGGGAGAAUUGGUUUCCAUAUCAGAUGUUAUCUCCAGUUACGUCUGCGGAGGCUCAACACAGCUUCCAGUGACACAUUUACUUUUGACACCAAGCGCCAUUACUGUGUAAACUGCGCCUGUUGGCUACAGCUAAAGUAUGCCGGCCACCACGGGAAGAGCUGACCCGCCGCCGACAAAAACUAUAAUUGUCUACAGGAACGGAGACGCUUUUUUCCCCGGAAGGAAAAUAGUUGUGAACCCGCGGCAGGUGACGACCUUUGACCAUUUUUUGACCUCUCUGACCCGAGGGCUUGAGGCUCCGUUUGGCGCCGUGAGGAAGCUGUACACUCCCAGAGAGGGCCACAAGGUUCAGCAUUUAGACGACUUGAAACAUGGGAGUGUGUAUGUCGCAGCCGGAAAUGAGCAGUUCAAAAAGCUGGCGUAUUGUGAGAUAGCAACCAAGAAGCCACAGAAUAAGAAAAGGGAACAGAUCCGACCUGUUGUUCACAGCAGAAUAGUAGUUUCUGCUCGCUGGGGAAGAACUACAGACGAGUCCUGCACAAUAAAUGUCUUUACCAACGGAGAGCUCUUGGUUCCUCCAGUUCGAAUACGCAUCCCAAAGUAUACUCUCAGAAGCUGGGAAAAUGUUUUAGUCAUGGUGACAGAGAAAGUGCGACUUCGCACUGGUGCUGUUUACAGGCUUUGCACAUUAGAUGGACAUCCUGUCUGCGGUCCCGUUGAACUGGAGAACAACCAGCACUAUGUUGCAGUCGGUGCAGAAAGGUUUAAAGCUCUCCCAUAUGAGCAGUGCAUCCCCUGCAGGGAUGGAAUCAGGGAAAAUCACAUGUUGGAAGGGUACGAGACCUAUGAGGUUGUUAUCUACAUAAUUUAAAUAAACGCUGGAGCCCUAUUUUGCCACUACAUCCUGCCUGCUGUUAGAAAGACAAGACAUGCAAAGGAUGUGUUUGCUCGUACAGGCUUUAGAAAGGACCUUGAGCACACAGCCAGGGGCCAGAUGAAGAAACACGCAGCAAAACUGGAGAGAACCAAACAACAGAGGCAGGUGUCCAGGAACCCAGUUCUCUUCGCGACGGGGGAGGGCAGCGUGUUCAAUGCACAAAACAAAAGAAGUGAGAUGGCUGGAGCAGCGGAGGUGCAGGAAGACCGCCAGCUGAAGGUGGACCUGCCAAUUGAUCAGGUUGAGGCCAAGAUAGUUGACGAGGAGAACGAGGAUGGGAGUUGUUAUGCGAGUCCCUGCAAGGCCUCCCUCCAUGAUUCAGACAGCUCAUGUCUGCAGAGGUCUUUGUCUACAGGUUCCAGGAAGGAUGAGAGGGAGGUGUGUUCCACGUUACGCAGAAUGCGGUCACGGAUGUCCCGGUUUUUCAAGGAAAAGUUAAACAUUAACAUUCAGUGCUUUGACCAGCAUGACAUUCAUUCACAAGAGCCAGAACCAUAGAAUACAGUGUCAGACUGCAAACGGACCAGACGUCCUCGUUCUCUUCUGUCUCCAGAAGCCAGCUGCUCAUGUAUAAGAUGAAACAGUGUUAUAA